CGAGCUUUUGCCAAAUAUACUUCAGUCCCCAUAAACACUUUUAACCUCAAUAUAAUAAAAUAACUAUUAUUAUUAAAUCAUAAUAAUGCUGUCCAAAUUAUAUAGUAUACUAUAUAUCUAUAUGCACCGUCACUUGUAAAUCUUUGUCUAGAUAUCUCCAUUCCCCUCACUGUGCUCUUUUCUACUCUCUUGAGCUCAUAUAUUCUCUCUCAAAAUUGAGCUGAAAAAAGUGCCAUCCUUUCUUAUUGUUCCGUUGAGAAUCUUGAAAUAAUCAAUGGCUGAUUUUUUUGUGGGUUUUCUGCUCAUACUGGCCAUGGCUGGCUAUUCAGAUGCCAAUUACUGUGUGUGCAAUCCAAAUUUGAGCGACAAUGUUCUUCAGAAGAGUAUUGACUACGCAUGUGGAAAUGGGGCUGACUGUACCCCAAUUCAGCAAAAUGGGCGUUGUUAUAACCCUAACACUGUUAAAGAUCACUGUAAUUAUGCAGUUAACAGUUAUUAUCAGAUAAAGGGUCAAACUCAAGGGAGCUGUGAUUUUAGUGGAACCGCCACUAUUAGUGCAAACCCACCUACUACAAUUACUGGAUGUGUGUUUCCAUCUGGUCCCAGCACCGGAGGAACUCCAACCAUCGGCACACCAACCGCCGGGGGAACUCCGGCCACCGGAACUCCGGUUUCCGGUGGAACUCCGACCACCGGAACACCGAUCUCCGGCGGGACUCCAACCUUUGGAACUCCGCCCACCGGAGGAACUCCGGCCACCGGAGGAAGUCCAAACAUGGGCGGCACCACAAUCCCGGGCUCAACCGCAAGUCCCGGUUUUGGACUCGGGCCAACCACCUCAAGUGGAUUCCCAAGCCCGGACAUUAACAAUGGCGCAAAACUACUGUCUGAAAGCCGAUCCUUCACGCUCGUCUCAAUUUUUGUGGUCUUGAUUUCUAGUUUCAUUUGCUUAAGGAUGUGAGGGAAAGCUGAAAUGUUUGAUCUUUUGAUGAACAUUGAGUUUGGUAUAUUAUGGUAGGAUCUUAAGUGGGAUUAUAUUCCCAAAUGGCCCUAUAUAUCUCUGUUUCUUUAUUUAAACUUCUGUUCUGGGGGAAAGAAAAAGAAGAAAAAGGAAGUUGAAAAAAGGGAAUUUGAUUCCCUUGUGAGUGGAAGUGGAGAUGUUUUGGGCUGUUUAUGGGGUUACAAGAAUCUGUUCUCUGCUGUUUAGAUUUUUCCUAUGUAUAUCUAGAUAGGGAGAGACAGUAAUAAUAUGUUACUGUUUUUAUGUUAAUGUUCAUUUUCCCCUUUUAAACCUCGAGUUGAGAUGAGAUUUUCACAUCUUUAA